AUGACACCUAAAUUUCACCACAGACUGUGGGAAGUUAUCUGUGGUCCUCACCUGACCCGUACUGUUUGCUUUGUUCCAGGAAACCCUCUGCUGCUGAACUCGUCCCUCCAGCCCGAGCUGACGGUGGGGCGCACCUACAGCACCCCACUCUGCUUCCAGGACGGAGGGGACAAGGAGCUGUUCGACCCACUACCUGACAUCAAGCUGAAGGUGCAGUCCUCCUUCAUGGUGUCUGUCGGAGUGGCGGAGCGGGCCGAGUACCACAGCAAGCCCCCGUCUGAGACUUUCCCUCGGGACCUGAGCCGGGACUACGGCACGGCGGAGCGCCGGAAGAAGGGGCUCUUGACGUUAAACGGCCCGGUGGGAGUGCGCACGGAGCAGCAGCGGAUCAGCGGCGUGUUCGGACACAACGGAGGACGCCUGGUGGUGCCCAACACUGGGGUCAGUCUGCUGGUGCCUCACGGAGCUGUGCCUGAGGACAACACAUGGGAGAUGUACACAGCAAUCACUCCCCCAGAGGCCAGGUCAGUCACCACACUCUGA